CCCAACCGUGAUCAUCACUCCUAAGGGAAAGACUGCACAUAUAAAUUGAGGAGAUGACCCUCGUAAGUUUGCACACGGUGAAGCAUAGGAAACAGAUAAACGCACAAAACAACGUUAAAAACAUGAAGUGUCUUUUAUUGGGUUUGUGGACUUGGGCAUUGCUUGUUUUAAUGGGAAGUGGAAGAAGCAUGGGGUGCUUGGAAGAAGAGAGGAAUGCACUGCUUAACAUUGAGGCUGCCAUCUACCCCCUCAAUGGGUCUUCUUUUCUGUUGUGGCGUUACAACAGUAGUGACUGUUGCCGUUGGAAAGGCGUUGAGUGCAAUUACACCACUUCGCGUGUGAUUGGACUAUAUCUGGGUGAUGCAUGUCAUUCGGAAUUGGAAGUGUGGUGCGGGGAGACAGGAGAGUCUAGACCUUGGGAUAUUGAUGCCUCUUUAUUCCUUCCUCUGGAGGAACUUCAAGUGUUGGAUUUAAGUAGAAAUUUUCUCUCAGUGGGGUGGACGCCCGGUGAGGGAGGAAGUUUGUCAGAAAACUGUUACGGUCAGUGUACAAUGACCCCGAGGAGGCGUUGCGGCCCGGCUUCGAAGAUGAUAUCUAGUUUCACUUCAAUCGCUUGCCAUUCAGAUUUCUGGGUUUCGAACAAAUUGACGAGGCUAAUUCCAUCUCUCAAUGAUAAGCAAACUUCUGCGGAGGCCCAUAAGCUGUCUUCCAACCUGCUUGAAGGCUUGUGCAGAUUGAGGAACCUUGAAGAUUUGGAUAUUAGUGGUAAUGGAUUUUCGGGUCCUCUUCCUUCAUGCUUUUGCAAUAUGACCUCACUCCGUACACUUGAUGUCCACAAUAACAAUUUUAGUGGGGCCAUUCCUUCAUGUCUCAUCUCUAAUCUCAAGUCACUUGAAUAUAUUGAGCUUUCUGGAAAUGCUUUUGAAGGCUCACUUUCACUUGCUUCCUUGGCUAAUAAUUCUAACCUCGAGGUAUUCCGUCUCCUCGACAACCGUAACCAUAUGGAAGUAAAUACAGAAGACACCACUUGGUUUGCUUCAUUUCAACUGAAGGUAUUCAGUCUAUCAAAUUGUGUGCUCAACAAAGAUGCAAAUGGCGUAAUUCCCAACUUUUUGAAAGAACAAUAUGACUUGAGAAUUGUUCAACUUAGCCAUAAUAAAAUGACAGGAAAUUUCCCAAGUUGGCUAUUGGACAAGAAUGUAAAACUAGAACAAUUCGACCUCAUUGGCAGCAAUUUGUCGGGUGCUUUUGACAUGGCUUCCAAUUUGACUCUUGACAAGAUGUGGUGGUUUGAUGUGUCUGCUAAUGCUAUUGAAGGAGAGCUUCCAUCUGGGAUUGGUUCUAUCCUCCCAAAUUUGAAAUAUUUAAAUUUGUCAAACAACUUAUUGAAAGGUAGAAUCCCUCCCUCAAUCGGCAAUAUAAAAUCACUAGAAGCAUUAGACUUGUCGAAUAAUGGUUUUGUGGGAGGGAUACCAGAGACACUAGCUAAAAAUUGUCAGUUACUUUCUAUAUUAAAACUAUCAGGCAACAAUUUGCAAGGCGAAAUGCUACCGAGGUACACCAACUUGUCAAGUUUGGCAUCUUUGUAUCUGGAUAGGAAUAAUUUCACAAGGAACAUAUCACUCGGUAUAUUGAAUAGCUCAUCCUUGCUGAUUUUUGAUGCUAGUGAUAAUUUCCUAACUGGAGCACUUCCCAAGUGGAUUGGAGAUAUUCAAAACUUGCAAGUGCUCAUGAUGUCAAACAAUUUAUUGAGAGGUUCUUUACCAUUGAGCCUUUGCAAGUUACAAAAACUCGAUCAUUUAGACCUUUCAUAUAACAACCUUGGGCCAAGCAUACCUCCCUGUGCCAAUUUUACAUUACCGAUGAGGUUCUUGCAUUUAACAAAUGACAAGUUUGCCGGGCAUUUUCCUGUGUUCCUUUCUAGAGCUUCAUCAAUUGUUAUAUUGGAUCUUAGACACAAUGCAUUGUCAGGUGAGGUUCCCAACUGGAUCAGCUCACUUUGGAACUUGAAGGUUCUUCUUUUGCAAGGAAACAAUUUUGAAGGUUCAAUCCCUUCGGGUCUAUGUUUGUUGAAAAAUAUAAGCAUGUUGGAUCUCUCCAGUAAUAAUAUUUCUGGAAAAAUUCCUUCUUGUUUGAAAGAUUUGACAUUUGGAAACCAUUGGGUUGUUGCAUCAAAUUUUACUUACUUAAGAACUUGGAUGGUCGUGAAUGAUCCAGGCGAUUAUAAGAGCAACGUCCCUUUAAUAAGAAGGAGCAUUGAAAUUAGCUUAUAUGCUUCUGCGGAUGAAUUAGUAGAAGCAGACUUCAUGACAAAGAGGAGAUUGGAAUCUUAUAAGGGCAAAAUUCUACGACUCAUGUCGGGAAUAGAUCUCUCGCAAAACAAUUUGAUAGGCUUUCUUCCUCCAGAGUUCGGCUACUUCAUUGAACUUCGAGCAUUGAAUUUGUCACACAAUCAUUUCAUAGGAUCGAUCCCACAGACAUAUUCGAAUUUAAAGAGCAUAGAGAGCUUGGACCUAUCCUACAACAGCUUAAUCGGUCCCAUGCCUCCACAAUUAACAGAGCUUUAUGCGUUGUCAGAUUUUAGUGUGGCUCACAACAAUUUGUCGGGUAGGACACCAGACCCAAAAUGUCAAUUUGGAACUUUUGGUGAAGCAAGUUAUGAAGGUAACCCUCUUCUUUGCGGACCACCAUUAAAAAGUUGUGAUGACUCAAAUCAAGAACCAGGGACACCACCAUCUUUGUAUCAUACCAAGGAGGAUGACUCUUGGAGAGAAGCAUUUUUGUGGAGUUUUGUAGGAUCAUAUGUCGUGGCAUUCAUUGGGGUGGUUCUUUUUCUCUACCUAAACUCAUACUAUUGGUACCAGUUAUUCAAGCUUGUCCCUAAUCUUAUCCCAUUAUUUCCUCAGUAGAGAUAUUUCUUCUAAGCAUUUUGAGAUGGAAAGGACAAUGAAACAAUGGAGAACAUUUACUUAAUAGUAGUGUAAGCAUUUAAGUC